AUGUCAUCCCCACGAAAGACAGCAAGCGAUGAAUCAUUAGAGCUAUCUUUACCAUGGUCGUUCGUGGAGUUGAUGGCACUGGAAUCACUUGGUGUAGACAAAUCACAUUCCAGUGGUGACGGGACUGAGGAGAUUGAGAAAUUUCGCUCGCUUGCUGCACCAUAUCCCCCUGGCCAAGGAAGCCGUUCUUUUGGGGGGCAUGUAUAUGCUCAAUCCGCGUAUGCAGCAUCCAAGACUGUUGGAGAAAUGUUUGUGAUUCAUGAUAUAACUGGGUCAUUCAUUCUGGGUGGUCGAUUAGAUAUUCCAUAUAUCUAUAGUGUUCGGCGAAUUCGGGACGGGUUCAUGUAUUGUACAAGAGCAGUUGAUGCUCGACAAGACGGCAAAAUCUGCUUUUCCUGUCUAUGCUCAUUUAAGCGUGGAGAAGGACAGCAAACCUUCCACCACCAACCACCGACUGUUCAGGAGCGUUUUGACAAAAUCCUCUCUUUGAAACGACCAGAAGACCAGGAUAUGAGUCCGAGUAUUGAUGCAGAUUUUUGGAUCGAAGGAGUGAAGCAAGGGAAGUUUGAAGAAAUGAUGUUCCCAGGACUGGAUGUGCGGAAGGUCAACAUGGAGGACUACAAUAAUAAUACUGGCAUUCAACAAAAUCCCGAGCGAUAUAGACAGUUGACCCAGUACCGACUCAAGGGAUCACCAGAUGAGGAUUGCACAGCAACAUUGGCCCAGGUCAAAGAGAGGGAAUUUGCUGGAAAAUAUGAUAACCUCUACGCUUGUGCUCAUAUGUACUCCAGUGAUAAGAACUCUCUCUUUCUGAUCCCGCGUGCUUUGGGGAUCAAGCGCUGGGCAGAUAUGUCAAGUCUCACUUUAAUGGUGGUUGUUCAUACGCAUGGCAAGCCAUUGAGAAUGAUUGACUGGGAUGGAGUUACUGAAGAUAAGUCGGAACUUCCGAUGAAAUGGUUCAUCCAAGAAGGUUGGACACCUCAAUCUGGAGAGAACAGGGCUGUCCAUGAGAGUCAUCUUUGGAGUCCAGAGGGCACCUUAAUUGCAACAUCUUUACAGGACAGCAUGCUUCGGCUACAGAAACUUGGUCGAGCGGGAAAUCUAUAG